AUAAAAUGUCGUAAUAAUUAAAUUUUAUCUUUACGUUCAAUCUUAUCAUCUCGAAAUUAUCUAAAUUCUUAUAAGAAAUUGCAUUUUAUCGCCAAGAUUGUAAAUUCAAACAAAAAUCACGUAGAAAAAACUAAUUAAUUCACAGUAGUAUUUAAAUACGAAAACGUUUUAAUUUUUUACGCAUAAAUAGGUUUUGACGCGCGCGGUGACGAAGGAAAAUGGGGGGUCCAAAGUUUUUUUGGUCCUCCGUUUGUAUCCUGUUGUUAACAUCCUCUUAUUAUGUAGUUGCAUGUGACGAAAAAGGACUCUGCCUGUUGGAGGCAUUAAAAGAGUUAAAGGAAUGUAAGAAGGCAUUUCUAGCUACGCUACUCAAACCACUUUUAGCGACUAAGCUCCUCGAGAAAGAAAAGCUGCCUCUCCCUCUGCCACCGUUACCGCCGCCGACGAUAGUGUUGAUGCCCGCGGCCCCGCCGCCGCCGUGUCUGCCGCCGCUCCCGCCGUUGCUGCUGGCGCCCCCGCCUCCGCCCUGUCUACUUCACACGGCAGCACCACCACCACCUCCGAUUAUAAUCCCGGCGCCCCCGCCAGCGCCGUUGUGUUUACCUCCACCACCACUAUUUCUACCCGCUCCCCCGCCAGCGCCUUUAUGUUUACCACCACCGCCUCCACCGUUUGUGCUGGCUGCGCCGCCUCCUGCGCCGUUAAUGCUACCUGCACCCCCUCCAGCUUUUCUCCCCGCGCCGGCCCCAGCACCGUUGUUUCUACCGCCGGCACCGCUAGUACUCCCUCCACCGGCGUUACCAGCUCCGCCAGCUCCCAUAGUAAUUUCAUUGGUGCCCCCGCCACCCUCGCUACCGUGUUUCCCGCCGCCACCUCCGCCUGGGUUACCCAUGACGGCAUAUAUGGUACCCCCGCCUGUACCAAUCACAUUGGAGCCAAAGCCUUUGGAGCUGCCUCCGCCGUGCUCCUGCGCUCCACCACCUUUGUCGUGUUACUAUUAGAUUAAAAGUAAUUUAUUUAAAUUAAUAAUUUAAUUAAUGUAUUUAACUAAUUUAUGUUUAUAAAU